GAGAGAGAGAGAGGGAGAGAGAGAGAAAGUGGAAACGUGACUAGGCACUCAAAGAGGGCUGUUAUGCAACGAAUGACCUACUAACAUACAUUCAGGAGGGAAACUGGAGCAAGCCGCGAAACAUAACAUGAGGAUCUGAGACGAAAUAGUAAAAGGACGAGCGGGGCACCGGAGUGCAGGCAGCGCGACGGACAUCUCGACAUACGCGAGAGAGACGCAGUGAUCGCUGGACAGCUCGAGACGAGUCUCCGCAGUGGGAAAGCAGGUGCGCAGCAGGCUUCUUUCUCGGCACUCGCGUCCAUUCUUGGCUCUUCUCACUGGAAGUUCGAUGAAUCAGGAGGAUCGUCUCCUUGGCUCUCGCACACGAAGUCGAUAGGUGGCAGCCUUUCCAAAGCUGGAGUUGUGUCCAAAGACGAGGAAUCCUGGAAUGUCUUGGGACUGCUGAACCCUGCAGGAAAGAUCCGGAAUCUUCUUCCGUCCCCAGAAGGUCAGCCUGUGCCCAUCGGCUUCUCACUGACCGCUGACUUUGUGGAAUUUCCAUCUGCCACUACUCAAAACUUACUCUUGGUUCACCAAAGACGAGACCCCUUAGUAUGUCAGCUAAGUGCCCGACUGCUUUAUCUGGCACGGGUCACCCACCGUUUUUUGCUAACCUUGUGACCUAAGCCUCCCACGGCCAAAAAAAAAAACACAAAAUCGGUUGGUUUGGUGAACAUUUUUUUUCCCACCUUGGAUCUUCAAUGCCAGCUGAACCGCGCCAAGUAAAGCUGGCCGCUACCGGAGAAUGGAAAGCCUAACGCCGCCAUCGGUCACGAUUUCAGAAAGUUUCACUGCCUUUGAUGACGACCUCGCCUCCCCUCGACCCCCGAGGCUCCUGAAAAACAAGCUUAACAUGACCUGCCGACGCAAGCGAGAAUUCAUCUCGGAGGAGAAGAAGGACGCCUCCUACUGGGAGAAAAGGCGCAAGAACAACGAGGCGGCCAAGCGCUCCCGGGAGAAGCGGCGCCUCAACGACAUGGUCCUGGAGAACCGCGUGUUGGCGCUCAACGAGGAGAACGUGCGGCUGAAGACGGAGCUGCUACAGCUGAAGCUUCGCUUCGGGCUCAUCAGCACGGCGUCCUACGUGGAGAAAAGCCAGCAGAUCAGCGGCAACGCAGUCAACCAUUACUUCUCGGGCGGCUACUCCAGCGGCUCCCAGGUCAUGCUCAAUUCGGAUUCCUCGGAGGCGGAGCAGUCUGUCCGGGGGCGGGGCAACAACACGUUGGCAAAAUACUCGCCACGAGGCUCCCUUUCCGAUAUGUCGGACGGCUCUUCCAGGGACAGCCCCGAGCCCAUGAACUAUGAGCUCAAGCACGACGGCUCGCACAUGGACAUGUCCUGCCUGGACGCGGACACUUCACCAAUGAUAUUCCGGAGCAUAAACUCUAAACCCGAUCACGAACUGGAAACGGCGCUGGACUUCAAUGACAAGCAGGCCGGCGAACUUCCCUCAAUGGUGGCGCCCUCUAGAGGAGUGAUCCUGUACAGGAGCAGCGGCAGCUCCUACCUUGUGGACAGCCAGGCACUGCUGGACUUGGAGAAACAGCCACGACUGGCACCACUGGGGGGAGGCCCACUCAAGCCAGACGUCCCGGACCAACUCUCGGAAGAAGCUGCUCAGCCGGAAGAGAUGGAACCCAAGUCUCCCUCUCCUUAUAAGACGUUAGUGAUGGACACGCACCAAUAUCGGGAGCAUCCACAUCUCCCCCCGAGUUCGUUUGCUCCGGAUCUGGGGAAGACCGGAUGUGGUGACCACCAAGAGGCGUGUUCUCCGGCCUAUGAUCAUUCCUAUCAUAGCUCCCAAGAUGAAGAACCGCCAGUCCUCACCUUCGAAGGCAGGAGGCAUUCGGACGUCUACUUACACGAGAGCUUAACCAAAGAUUGCUCCUCCACCGAUGGAGACGUGAGGAGUUCAGAUAAGGAGACGUCUGCCGAUGAAGAUUCACCGUCGUUCUCCUCCUCCUCCUCGUCUUCUGAAUCUGGAGGAUACCACGGGCUCUCAGCCCAGUCACUCUCACCCACAGUGGUGGCACCAGCUCUGCUUGGCUCCGCUGAAGGUCAGGUGGAGGUCAAAGCUACCGCCCUGCCACACAAGCUGCGCCUCAAGUACCGGGCGCUAAGCAACAGCGGGGGCAGCCCACCCGAGUUGUCGGCAGCGUUACCACAGCACCCUUACCUAGCACUUACUCACGUCAGCCUGCCAUCUGCUCUUGAGAAGGACAGUCCCAGCAGAUGCCAGGUCUAUGAACACAUGCCCGUCAUGCCCACCAGAGACCCUAACGGCUUCUGUAAAGUCGGGGCUCCAGAGUCACCGCAGGGGGAAGUAAAAUACCGUGAGGAGAACUCAUCGAAGGAUUUCGAGAGGCGGGCUGCUUGUCGGAACAAGCGGCGUGACUGAGCAGGGAGACGGCGGAGUCGGCAGGAUCGACCGACCACUUGGCCAAAAAAAAGCCCCUGCUGGCUCAACAGUUGAGGUGGCCCGGGUGACUUGGCGAGCUGACCCCGUAAGCACUUAGGGAAGGAAAUGCAGUGACAGAGAAUGGAACUCCUUUGGGAUCCGGGGAGAAGUGGAGGUGGGGGAAAUGGGGGAAGCCGAAUCUCGACUCUUCUUCUUCUUCUCCUUCUUCUCCUUUGUCAUUGUUAUUCGUUUUUGACUGACAAGUUCAACGGGGCCACCAACUGGACUUUUGUUGCUGGAGACAUUUCUUCAACCAAAGAACCACCCCACAAGUCCACUCCCACUGCGCCGGCUUCCAUUCCCCAUUGGGACGCCGCAAGAACUUUCUUCCACGUCUCUUUUUUUAUGGAGCACUUGGACUGUAAAUGAGUGUGAAAUAUUAUAGUACAUACGAUAUAUACAAAUUUUAUUUUAUGGAACAGAUACCACACACGCAUAUACUGUAUGCAUUUGGGUGGAGGCAUCACCUGGGCACAGUCAGUCUUGCACCUUUGUCAGCUGAGUGACCCCAAGCCACUGUCUUUGUUUGCCACUUUCUGGUUGGACUCCCAGCCACCCAAAAUGGCUGCAAACUGCUUCAUUCCAGCACAAUAAAACGGUUCCAACUUUUUCCAAGAGCCUUUGUGUGGACCAUCCUGAGGUACCAAAAAAACGCCUUUUUCCACUACGGCCCACCGACUGCCCUUACGUUUGCUCAAUGGGUUCUCAUUGCUCCCCAUUUUCAUGCACUUUUGCCACACUGGCACUGACGAUAUGUGGACCUGGGAGUAAGUCAUUGUGACUUGGGUGUAUAUAGCGCCUUUCACAGGUAUUCGAUGGAGGAGACCAAAACUGAACAGCAUGCCACCACAUUUUUCAGCCCGGCGUGGUAUUGCAGGCUGGCAUAGCGGGCAGUGCCACCGCCCCCUGUGGUUUAGAGAUUGACUCUUGAUCGGAAUUUGUGGUGCUUGUAAUGAACAUCCUGCCAGUGUGACUUGGUGUGGGCCAGCAAAAGGGUGGGCUGCACUUCAUUUUGGUGGGCAGGCAGGCAAACAGAGGUUGAGUGCAUUCGGGUG